AUGCCGUCUCGUCAUCUGCCCAAACACUGUAAACACAAAUUUUCGCAUUUGGCCCUAGCUGAUCCUAGUUUUGACCUUCCGGCACCUAUUGAAUUGUUGUUGGGAGCCGACGUGUUCUCCCAGAUACUAAACGGAAAACGUGUUGUUAUAGACAAUUCGUUACCCACUGCAUUCAGCUCUUUAUUCGGGUGGAUUCUAAUCGGCCCUGUCCCUGAAUAUGAGCCCGAUCGAAUCUGUUCAAAUGUUGUUUCACUUACGGUAUCACUCGAGAAUCUGGUUGAACGCUUCUGGCGUGUUGAAGAACCCGAUUCGGCUCCAGUUAUAUUCACGGAUGAAGGCAAGUGUGAAACCAUCUACUUGACCGAACGUGUGCGUGAUAAUAGUGGUCGAUUCGUGGUUCCAUUGCCCUUCAUGGAAUUCGGCAGGCAAGAACGGUUUUUAGGAUCUCGACAAAUGGCUUUGCGUCGGUUCCAAAACCUAGAGCGGAAACUUAAAAUUAAUCCAGCCUUGAAUCAAGCCUACUCAGCGUUUAUGAAUGACUAUGAAUCACUAGGGCAUAUGUCCAUCGCUCCUAGCCCUGGCGACUAUUUCAUACCUCACCAUCCUGUUUUUAAAGGUGAUGUUGCAACCAGUAAGAUUCGAGUGGUAUUUGAUGCUUCUGCCACUACUUCAUCCAACCAUUCCUUGAAUCAGUAUCUUUUUGCUGGUCCAAAGCUUCAGCAGGAUAUUGUUGAUAUCAUGCUCCGAUUUCGUGUACAUCAAUUCACCUUCACAGCCGAUGUGUGUAAAAUGUAUCGACAAAUACUUGUACUUCCACAAUAUCGGAAGUAUCAACAUAUCUUAUGGCGUGCGUCACCGUUGGACGAACUUAAGGAGUACCAACUUAACACGGUUACUUACGGAGUGAACUGUGCUCCUUACCUAGCGCUGCGAGUUCUGAAGGACCUUGCUGACAAUUGCUGCGAAGAAUUACCAGAUGUCAAACAGUCAUUAACUCAUCAGACUUACGUUGAUGACAUUUAUGUGGGCGCCGAUAGCACAGACCAACUUUUGACGUUGAAAUCUGAUUUGCAAUCUGUUCUGAGUACCGCUGGUUUUAAGCUGAAAAUAUGGUCCAGUAAUGACCCACUGAUUUUAGCUACUAUUCCACAAGAGGAUCGGGUCCAAAGGAUCUUACAGUUCGAUGACAUGGAGGCAGGAUUGGUCAAGGUUCUCGGUUUAAAUUGGGACUCUUCCGAAGAUACUUUUGGUUUUGAAGUCUCUCCUUCGUGUGAUGUCAUGACCAAACGCGCCGUUCUGUCGACCAUUGCCAGAAUAUUUGAUCCAAUUGGCCUUAUUGCUCCAGUAAUCUUUUAUGCCAAGCAUAUAUUUCAGAAAAUCUGGAAGGCAGGAUUAGCUUGGGAUACGCCACUUCCGUCCGACUUAGCUGAGGAUUGGAAAACCUUCGUCCAAGAUCUCCAUACAUUAACCUAA